GGGGGUUGAUUUGGGGACGGGGGAGUGUUUAGUUUUAAGGUGGGAUCUGCGGGAGCUUCUUUUGAAACGAGUCUGUUUUUUUUUCCUCCCACGCAGCCCUGCAGGCCACGCAGCCCCACCCGCGCUCCUCUUUUGCCCGACUCCCUCGGGAUAUUUUUAGCGCUGAUGAUGUGCCCUGUCAGAUCACGUAACGGAAACAACAUCAGAGAGGGAGGACAGAGCUGCUGAGGAGAGGCGGUUUUCCUGACAUCUGCACCGAAAAGAAGGCAGAGGAAGCCCGAUGAGAUGAGAUUUGAGAUUAACUUGGUUUGCUGCGUGCUGGUGUUUGGCGGCUCACCGCAGACUGGAGGUCAGAGCCAUGCUUUGCCUCCUGCUUUUACCUCGGCCCCAUCCCCUGCUCCUGCUGAGACCCCCCAACCUCCUGAGGUGACAGAGCCCAAUAUGAAUGAGUUUCCAGAGCAGACACAAUAUCCUGCAGGCAACAAUGAAACCUCAACUGCUCUCACGGCCACCGCGGCAACACAAAGAACGGUUGGAUCAGGGACAUCGGCAGAUUCAGGACACUACCCCAUCUCAAGUUCCACUAAAGCUACACCUCAGUGCACCACAGCACCCGCUGUCACAACUCCAUCUCUCUCAGCCGCUGCAGACAACCUCUCACCCACACCGACAGCCGUGACCUCCACCCCUCAGCAAUCUACCGUCCACAGCCAUCUCCCAGCCAGCGAGGCUCUCUCCACCUUUUCAUCUCGCACAGUUGCCGCUGUGCCGGCGGCAGCCUCCACGUCCCUCACCUCUACCGUACAGCCACCGUCUGCAGUCACCGCGCACACAGCAGUGCUCGCUCAAACCUUGGCGUCCGGUUGGGCCCCCGUGGGCCCCACACACCAGGAGUUUCCAUCUGAGCUGAACAUCGGCGAUAACGACUUGAAGGGGUCCCGCCAAGUCUCUCCUCUGGACCCUCUGCUGGCUGGUCUCUUGUCAGUGUUCAUCGUUUCCACGGCUGUCGUCUUCACCGUUUUGUUCAUCAAGUUCCGCCAGAGGGUGAACCGCCCCGAGUUCCAUCGGCUGCAGGACCUUCCCAUGGACGAUUUGAUGGAAGACACGCCCCUCUCCAGGUACGCCCACUGAAUGGACGCUCCUGGCUGGUCCAUCACUUGCACCAGGCAGAGAACAGAAGCAGAUCAAGAUAUCUUUGGAUAUGUGAAGAAAUGUGGUCUCCCAAGGACUUCUCUGAUUAAUGCUCACUGAUGAAAAUGUUACUUAGUUAUUUUUGUUGUUGCUUAAACCAAACGUUUUAGAUUCACCGAAUAUUUCUUCCACAUUCCCUUCUCAUUCCUGGAGACUUUCAGUUUUUCUAUCAAAGUGCAAAUUCAAGGCACCUUUGCACAAACAACAGCACUUUUAACGUCACUGCCCUCUAGUGGACAUGUGGGAUAACACAGAUUCCGUCCAUCAAAAUAACUUCAAAGAAUGAAUAAAUGCGCCUCACCUCACUUGGUGCCAAAUAUCACUGCAGACAGUCUGAAUGGGGAUAUGAGGUGUUGUCCAAACUGCCUUUAGAUGCUUUAGGUGACCAAAUAUGAAUGAAGUGCACUUUCAAACCAAACUGCUGCAUUCAGGCUGCAUGAGAUAAUGUAGAAAGUCUACACAUAAAUUAUACGGUUUUUACUUUGUGGUAUUACGUCAGAUCUUAGGGAAAACACCUUAUAAAACUAACAGAAUGCUUUGAGUGGUUGAAAUUAGGAAUAUGUGGAGUAUUGAACAAUCAGGGUAAACUUUGUUGUAAACCUGUCAGUAUAGUUUUAUGUUAAAAUAUACAUCCUGAAUUUAAAGAAUGUUCCUUAAAGUGAAUGUUAAAUGUACCAAUGCUCCCUGGGAAGUCAUAGUGCCAUAAUGAAUACAUACAAAUUGUAAAAGGGAAAUUAUAAAGUAUUGCUUAAAGUGCUGUAAAAAUCCCCUAAAGAGAAGAUGAGGAGCAGCGUGUGGAGUUUUUCACCUGGAUGUAUUCAGUUAAGAACCAUGCACAUGUGUGUCUUGCAAAAGCAUUCCUAUCACACGAACCUUUCCACAUUCUAUCAUGUCACAACCACAAACCUCAGUUUAUUUUACUGGGAUUUUAUGUGAGAAAAACACAGAUCAGCGGAUAAUAGAGAAACGAAAGGAUUCAGUCUCCUUUACUCUGAUACCUUUAAAUAGAAUCCAGGACGUGAAUAAAAUCCCGCCCAAUUGGCUUUAGAAGUCACCUAAUUAGUAAUGCGGUAUAAAACAACAUAAAAGCUUUGAAAAUCUCAUACAGCACUGUACAAUGCAUCAUCUGAAAAUCAACAUAGUAGGACAUAACUCCAAAACGACCCAGACACUUCUGUCCAGCUAAGCUAACGGGCUAGGUGGCUUGGCAUUUUACAUAGAAAGAACCAAGAGGUCGCUGGUAAAGCUGGAGGAGCUCCAGACAGAGAUCCACAGCUACACUACAUUCUGGUCACUUUACAAAUGCAGCCUUUUUUCUGGACAGCGGCAAGAAGAAAGCCAUUAGAGCUUCGCCACAAGCAUGCAGGGGACAAAGCAAACAUGUGAGAGAAGGGGAUCUGGUUAGAGACCAAAAAUGUACUUUUUGGCCUACAUGCAAAACACUGUGUGCUGGAAAACUAACAACACUCCGUGAACAUGCCAUCCCUGAGGCCAAACAUGGCGGCGGCAGCAUCAUGGUGUGGGAAUGAUUUUCUUCAGAGAGCUGGGAAGCUGGUCAGAAAUUACAAAGGACAUGAGUAAGAAUGUGACCCUAAAUAUAAGAGCCAGAGCUACGAUACAUCAGAAUGGGCCAGUUCAACGUUCUAAUCUAAUAUCCAGUUUAAAAUUUGUGGCAACUGGAAAAUUGCUCACAGAUACUCUACAUCCUGUUUUAGUGACCUUAAGCAAACUUACAAAUACAAAGGGUGCCAAACUCCCACCUCUGGGUGUGCAAAGCAGACAAGACUCCAAAAGAAUUGCAGCAAAAUGUGAUUCUGCAAAGCUUUGACUCAGGUAGCCUAAAUACAAAAAGCACACCACACUUUUCAGAUGCAUAUUUUGUUUGUGGUUGUAACAUGAGAGAGUGUGACAAAGUUUAAGGGGUGCGAAUAUUGCAAGGUUCUCUCCAGAGUUUGGACCUAAGGAUUGUUUGUUUUUGAGGUGUAACAGUUUACUGAUAUGAACGAUUACCUGUUUAGUAAUAAAAGAGAAUAAAACAAUGA